AUGGAGCGCCUGCCCAGCAAGCACAGGGUGCCCAGUUGGAUGGACCGCGCGCUGAGUCGCUCAGUCUGUUCUACCGGCCCUCCAGGUGCCGUGGAUGGGAUGGUGGCAGACAUCCUCCAGAGAGAAGUGCUAGCCACUCAUGCCGGGCUGCUGCUCUUCACCCUGGCCAGCACCUCCCACAGCCGAGGCUUUUCACAGCAGCAGUGGCAGGCGCCACGGGCGCUGACCUGCCCGAGCUGCUUGGUCUGCACCCCUGACUCCCUCCCCUGCCAGUUGCUGCUGCUCAUGAACCCUCAGAACAACAGGAAGUGUCUGCGCCAGGAGGAACAUGGGGGCCCGUGGCCCCCGAUGAGGGCCCUGAGGUCCGGAAGCAGUGACCCCUACUGCCUGGUCAAAGUGGACGAUGAGGUGGUGGCCAGGACGGCGACCGUGUGGCGGAGCCUGAGCCCCUUUUGGGGGGAGGAGUACACGGUGCACCUGCCGCAGGACUUCCACCAUCUGGCCUUCUACGUGCUGGACCAGGACACCGUGGGGCACGAUGACGUCAUCGGCAAGAUCUCCCUGAGCAAGGAGGCCAUCACCGCCGACCCCCGAGGCAUCGACAGCUGGAUCAACCUGAGCCACGUGGACCCGGACGCAGAGGUGCAGGGCGAGGUCUGCCUGGCGGUGCAGGUCCUGGACGACGCAGGUGGCCGCUGUCUUCGGUGUCACAUCCGGCAGGCCAGGGACCUGGCCCCCCGGGACAUCUCCGGCACAUCAGACCCGUUUGCUCGUGUGUUCUGGGGCAGCCAGAGCUCAGAGACGUCGAUCAUCAAGAAGACGCGGUUCCCGCACUGGGACGAGGUGCUGGAGCUGCGGGCCGCGCCGGGGGCGGUCGCCCCCCUGCGCGUGGAACUCUGGGACUGGGACAUGGUGGGCAAGAAUGACUUCCUGGGCAUGGUGGAGUUCUCCCCCCAGGCCCUGCUGCAGAGGCCCCCCAACGGCUGGUUCCACCUCCUCCCCUUCCCCACGGCAGCGGAGGAUGCCGGGGGCAGCCUGGGCGCCCUGCGGGUGAAGGUGCGCCUGACCGAGGACCGCGUGCUGCCCUCCGAGUACUACCGGCCUCUGGCUGAGCUGCUCGAGGGGUCCGUGUGGGGGCCUGUGGAGCCUUUGCCCGCCCCGCCCCGUGUGCUCCAGCACCCUCUCUUUGUGGCCUCUCACCUGCUGCUGCUUUUGCAGGACGUAAAGUACCUGGCCAUAAGUGGCUUUCUCUUCCUGCGGUUCUUUGCCCCCGCCAUCCUCACCCCGAAGUUGUUUGACCUCCGGGAUCAGCACGCAGACCCCCAGACUAGCCGCUCCCUGCUGCUGCUCGCUAAGGCUGUGCAGAGCAUCGGAAACCUGGGCCAGCAGCUGGGCCAGGGCAAGGAGCUGUGGAUGGCCCCACUCCACCCCUUCCUGUUGCAGAGCGUCGCGCGUGUGCGGGACUUCCUGGACCAGCUGGUGGACGUGAAUGAGGAGCAGGGAAGCCCCACCCGGGCGCUGAUGUCGCCCUCGGAGACCGUUCGGGAAGGCUACCUGCUCAAGCGGAGAGAGGAGCAAGGCGGCCUGACCCCGCGCUUCGCCUUCAAGAAGCGCUACUUCUGGCUCAGCGGGGACAGCCUGGCCUACGCCAAGAGUCCUGAGGGGCAGGCGCGGGUCUCCCUGGCGGUGCGGUGCAUCCAGGCGGUGGAGCGCGUGGACGAGGGCGCCUUCCAGCUGCCGCACGUGAUGCAGGUGGUGACGGGGGACGAGGCGGGGGCCCAGCGCACCACCUACCUGCAGUGCAAGCCAGGUCCCCUGAACAAUUCCGGCUUUCGAAGGCUCCUCCCAGUGCGGGACCUGGGUGGCCGGGGCACACCUGCUGGAGAUGCAGGGGCGAAGCGGGAGGGAAGGUGA